AUGGAGUUCUGCCCUGUGAAGGUCUAUCCUCGCUCCUUGAGCACGGUGGACGUCCUCUUGGAGCUCUCGGAGCCAGCGGCUCCUGCAGGGCUCAGCUAUCGCUACCGCUGGGAUGAAGCGCCCAGCUGCGCGGGCACGGAGGCUUGGGAGCAGAUGGAGCACGAGCUGAAGGACCUGCCAGUGCCAGGUGGGCAAGCCUGGUCUCCUGAGAGCCCCUCGCUGCAUCGGCUCACGGUCGCGAUGCUCAGCCCGACCCACCUGGUGCUGGACUGUGUGGUGGUCCGUUUUGGGCUUCGCACGGUGACCACCAAGGGCCAGGAGGUGCACGUGAAUGGACGCGCCAUGAAACUGCUGGGUUUCAACCGGCAUGACCUGACCGAUUCGCCGGUGCUCGCCUACGAGCAGCUGGUGGCAGAUGUGCAGAUCUUGUUGAGCUUGGGCGCCAACUUCGUGCGCGGCGCCCACUACGCGCAAGACGCGCGGUUCUUGGACCUCUGCGAUGUGCAUGGGCUCCUCGUUUGGGAGGAGGUGCUCGGUUGGCAAAACACGGUGGAGGACUUCCACAACCCGACCUUUGUGAUGCAAAGCCUUCGCAUGGCCAAGGAGAUGGCGGUGGCCUCCGUGAACCACCCCUCGGUCAUUUUCUUCGGUUUCUUCAACGAAGGCGAGUCCUUCGAUGACAGCGAGGCCACGCGCACCAUCUACCACGCCAUGGCCUCGCAGCUCAGGAGGCACAGUGGCCACACUCGUCUCAUCGGCUAUGGCUCCAACCACCCUGGCAAGGAUCGCCAGCUGGAGGCGGUGGACGUCCACGCGUUCCACCUGUACCUGGCGUGGUAUCCCACCACGCAGCCCGCCGAUCCCCAGGAGGUAGAGGGCAUCCCAGAUGUUUGGGAGCAUGUCCAGCAGUGGUCCACCCACGUGGAUGCACAGAAGCCCAUGCUCAUCACGGAGGCGGGGGCUGGAGGGCUCUUUGGCUUUCGUGGGCCGGUGGAGCAGAAGUGGACCGAAGAGUACCAAGCUUUGCUUCUCAAGACUCACCUGGAGGCAGUGAUCAACAACCCAGGGAUUGCAGGAAUCUCCCUCUGGCAGUUCGCAGAUAUUCCCAUCGACCGGGCGGUGAGCAACGAGCAGCACCGACCCCGAGGGCUGAACAAUAAAGGUGUGCUGGGCAUGUACCGCCACACCAAGUUGGCCGCCGCCGUGGUGGCGCAGUUGCUCCGUGGCCUUCACGGUGAGGAGCUCCGACUGCCGACCUGAAGGCGCGCCCAUGAGAUUCCAAGAGUUGAACGGCCACCAGCUAGCAUGAAGUGGGUCGACGUGCGCUUGAUGUGUUGCAUUAGACAAUGACAUCUCAGUGAAGGGAUUGAAAAACGAGGCGAAGGGAGUGGACGCCAAGGAGGGGACGGGGUUGAGGUGUCGUGCGACAGCCGCGGACCCGCGCGCCAUCCACGGAUCUCGGAGACGACAUCGUGAGCCACGCGUAUGCGCGGCCGCGCGGGGCGUAUGCGCGCAG